UCGUCGGCGCCCCCCGCGGUCGAUCCCCGUGAGGAAACCCCCGCCGAACAGACAUCGACCACAGCGGAGAAGAACACUACGGAAAAUGCGAAUACGAGCACUCCCUCGACAUCUGCAGAUCCCAAGCCAUCGCAAGCCCAAAAACAACCUAGUCCGGCUGCUGCGCAAGAUGACGACGACGAUGACGACUCCGAUUUCGACGAGUUAGACGGUGGGUUGAUACCAAGCACGUCCUCGAUAAUUUCAAACCCGCACCAGCCGCCGCUCCUAAAGAUGCCGCCGCCACAACGUCCGGCGGCACCUCCUCCGCCGCUGCCCCCGACGCCGACUUCGACGAAGAGGCCUUUAUGAAACAACUCGAAAAGGACAUGGCCAACAUGAUGGGCCAGGACUCCUCCGGGUCCUCGGACCCCGCCCACCUCGCCGACAUCGAGCACGGCGCCGACGCCUUCACCAAGCAGCUCGAGGAAAGCGGCAUCCCGCCGGGCGACUUCAUCAAGCAGCUGUUAGCCGACGUCAUGGCCGAAGAGGGCGGGUCGGGCGCCGAUCUGGGCGCUGCGGCGGCGGCGGCCACGGGCGCGGCCACCACGGCGGGUGCGAGUGCUGCUGCUGCUGCGUCUGCGUCCGCGAAUACAGCGGGAGGCGAUAAGAAGGGCGGAGGACCGGCGCCGGAAUCAUUCAACGAUGCGAUUCACCGCACGAUCAACCGCAUGAAGGAGUCCGGGGAUAAGGCGACGGCGGCGGCGUCGGAGGACGACAUCUCGGACGAUCUGCUGGCGCAGCUGCUGAAGGCCGUGGAGGCGGGCGCGGGCGCCGGGGAGGGCGACGGAGACGACGGGGACCUGACGAAGAUGUUCAUGGGGAUGAUGGAGCAGCUGUCGAACAAGGAGAUGCUGUACGAGCCCAUGAAGGAGCUGCAUACGAAAUUCGGCCCGUGGAUCGCGGAGAACAAAGGCAAGGGGAAGGUGUCGGAUGAGGACAUGAGUCGGUACGAGAUGCAGGCUGGCAUUGUCAGUGAGAUCGUGACCAAGUUCGAGGAGCCGGGGUAUACGGACGAGGAUUCGAAGUGUCGCGAGUACGUGUGGGAGAAGAUGCAAGCUAUGCAAUCGGCCGGCAACCCUCCCGAAGAAUUGGUUGCCAAUCCCUGGGAUGACUCGAAAGGAGGGCUUCCGGACUGCCCGCAGCAGUAACGAUCCGGAUCUGGUUGGAGAUUUCCAGGGCCUGUCAUUUGCAUCGGAGGCUCUCUUUGGCGUUCGUCUAGCUGCCGUCUUUGUAAUGUACAUAUAUGUCGAUACCCUUACUUACUGCCUGAAAC